AUGGAAACCUCAAAGCUCACACCAUACGACUUCAAGAUUGAGUCUACUGCGGACGCUCAGUUCCCCGCCGAAAAAGGUCGUUACCACCUCUACGUCACUUACUCGUGUCCAUUCGCCUGCCGCGCACUCUCGGCUCGCAACCUGCUCGGCCUCGAGGACGUCAUCAGCAUCUCUGUAGCACACCCAAUGUUCCAGAAGACUAAGCCUAACGACGCUAGUGAUCAACAUGAGGGCUGGGUCUUUGUGGACCCCGCGAAGUCCUCCACGAUGGUCGCCGCCAAUGGCGAGACGUACCCGACGGACGACUGCGUGCCAGACACGGUGAACCACGUGACGUUCGUGCGAGAUCUGUUCGAGAAGGUGGACCCGACUCCACGUACGUUCUCGGUGCCUGUAUUGUGGGACAAGAAGAAAGGCACGAUCGUGUCGGAGGAGUCCACGGGCAUCCUGCGCACCUUAGACUCGGGCUUCCGUGACCUCGUGUCGUCCGAUGUACACCUGUACCCGGAGGAGCUGCGAGCGCAAAUUGAUGCCGUUAAUGACGGAAUUGGCGCUGAAAUCAGCAAAUAUUUCUAUAAGAAAAUGUUCGCUCGGACGCCCGAAGAGGUCGCUGAGAUUGCGACCAAAACCGAUGAGGAGCUGGCCAAACUUGAUGAGCUGCUGGCUAAGAAGAGAUUCGUGGUGGGCAACAGUGUGACGGAGGCAGACGUGCGUCUGUUCCACACGCUCAUUCGACUGGACUCAUCCCCGAACUGA